AUGUCAGUUAAUGAAACCUCGAAUCUUCUUGAGAAUCAUCAACCUGCCCAACCUGCCUCUUCGAAUCCUUCUCAAUAUUAUUCGAAACUAAACAUUUCGAAUCAACAAAUAGAAGCACUGAACCAACACGAAUCUGAUCAAAGUAAACAAGAUGAGGAGAAUAAAAUCCUGACUACUCUCGAUGAGUUUCAUUCUCAACCAGAAGAAACUGUUGGAAAGGUUUCGAAUUUUUUCCAACCAGAAAGAAUUGAAGAAGACAAUAGAGAAUUGGAAGAAAUUCAAAUCGAUUACACUGAUGAACGAGAAGAUUUCGUCAAUGACUUUCAAUAUCUCGAUCGUAAGAAGGAACCAAUUCUUUCAGAUAACUUUCCAAAAUAUCAAUCUAUUGGAAACUCGAAUGAUUUGACGAAACCCUUUCUUCCAAAACAAGAUUCCAAUGAAAGCACUGGUGCCUUCUCUUCCUCAAACCUAAAACCUCAAACAUCUCACUCAAUUCACGAUCAUCACGUUUACAAACCUUUGAAAAAUGUAAAUCCAGAAGAAAUUGAAAUUGAAUUAGAAACCAUGCCUCAAGGAUUUCCCUAUCACAACAUUAAAACUCUGACCUCACUUAAGGAAAUGUACGAAACCAGAAGAAACAGCAUGCCAUCCAUUACAACACAAAAGAGUGUUGGAAAUCAAACUCCGCAACUCUAUUCGAUGGAUAGUUUGAUUUCUCCUCAAUUUGAAGAUCAUCGAUUGGAUUCACUAUUGCUCGUUCCACAGGAGGAUUACAAUGAUGGAAAGCAAUCUAAACUUUCCAAAUUGCUUUUCAAGAAGAGUAAUCGUGCCAAAUUGUUCUAUUGUUUGAGUAUGAUUUGUGCAAUUAUGUUUUGGUUUGUUCCUUGCUUGUCGGUUUUACCAUUGGUGAUGGUUUUUGCCAAUUUCAAGAAUUCACACAAUCAAAAACAUCGAAAAUUCUCAAAAUAUGCCAAAAAGUCUCUUUAUUUUAUUAUCAUGUAUGAUUUGGUUAUGUUUGCAACAUUGUUUAUUUGUAUUGUCGUUGCAUUGAUUGUUAAAUUUAAGAAGUGA